AAAUUUAAGCUCACUUCCGCCACCUAAACUUGGAUGGAAUAAAAAGCCUCUUGCGACAGACCUCUCAGUGGCAGCAGAUGUAGAAAGGAUCCACUACUAUAGAAAUGAAGUUUAUGGACAUACCACUCGAGCACAAAUAUCAUAUUCUGAAUUCCAAGUUAUUUGGUUGGAUCUCGAAAAGAUAUCUGAAAGAUUUGAUAAAAACAGACCGGGCAAAAACUAUAAAAAGAAACUGGUCGACUUGAGUCAAUGCUGCAUGGAUGAAGAGAUGAGGAAAGUCAUGGAGGAGAAAUUGAAGUCGAAUACAUUGUUAGAGGAAGAAAAGAAGCAGCGACAUUUGGUUGAUGAUUGGAAAAUCCAGGACAAAAGAUUCGCCGAGACCAGGGCUUGUAGAGCUGUCAGAGAAGAACUAAAGACAAAAAAUAUUGUAACUAUUGUAGGUAAUUCUGGAUCUGGGAAAUCAUUUAUAGCGCGUCACGUGGCGUUAGAAUAUCAAGCAGACGGUUGGCAUGUAUUUCCAAUUGAUCAUGUUUUAGAAUUUAAACGAAUUGCAGACCCGUCCUCUCCACAUCGACAGUUCUUUGUCUUGGAUGACCCAGUUGGGAAAUAUUAUUUAGACGAAGUUUUCUUCAAUGAAUGGUUAAAGAUUGACAAAUCUUUGAGCAAAAUCUUUGUCAAUAACAACAUUAAAGUUGUGAUCUCUUGUCGUAAGUCGGUAAUGUGUGAAGUGACUUAUGCAUGUACGUUAAGUUCUAAUGUUGUUGAAAUCGAUGAUCAGAACCUGCAAUUAGAUAAUGAAGAGAAAAAGAGAAUUUUACAAUGUUAUGUAGGAAAAGAUGUGCUUGGAGACAAAGAGAUUGAAGUAAUCAUAGAAGCCACGCUACUUUUUCCGUUGUUAUGCCGACUUUUUACUGAAAAUGAAUAUACAAAAAGCGGAAUUCAAUUUUUCCAAAAUCCAACUCCCGUGGUCAAAGGUGAAAUAAAUAAAUACAAAGCAAGGAAGAAAGAGAAGUAUUUAGCUCUUGUCCUUCUAGUCCUAUAUGGAGGCACUCUUGAUAGUGACAAAUUUCUGGAUUUAAACCAGAGUAGAUCAAAAUUUGAAGAAAUUUGUGAGGUUUGUGAAGUAGAAAGAAACAUUUCAAGAGUUGUUAUUGUUAACAAUCUAGAUUCUCUUGUUGGAUCAUUUGUACAAAAAGUGGGGUCAACGUUUAGUUUUCUGCAUGAUUUUCUGGAGGAUGUAACAGGUUUUGUUUUUGGAGAACAUUCUCCGGCAACAUUACUUAAAUACUGCAAUUUGAAAUUCAUCAGACAAAAAGUACAGGUUAUUACGAAAAUUGACAUGAAUAACUAUCAGGACAAAAAUGAAUUCUGUAUAAUCCUUGAUGAAAAAUAUGUCGAUUCUCUCGUGGAUAGAUUUUUAAAGGAAAUAUCUCUGAAUAAUGUUGUUGAAGUGUGUUUGUGUCCAUCCCUACGUCAUGAGAAAGUUAUCCAAUUUUUUUCGGAUCGCAUAGAUGACCUUGCAACCGACAACUUUAUAAACAUAUGGAUAAGUUGCCAAAAUCAUCGUAUAAUAUUACCAUAUUCGGACGCUGGUUUUGAAGAGGAGCGAAAAUGUUUCGUGAGCAAAGUUAAAAUAAUUGAGGAUGAUCAAACACGUUCUGUAUUGAAUAUUUUUUUAAUGUACAAUCAUGAUGAAAUAUGUGAAUGCAUCCUUGAAAGACUUAAAAAUGAAAACUUUACAUUAAAUACUGUAGAAGGUAGGAAAUUAUUUUUAGCAAGCUGCAUUAAUGGAAACAUUGAACUUGUACAAAGGGUAACAUUUCUUUGUGGUGAUGAAAAUUGGGCGGAACAUUCAUAUGACAAGGAAUACUAUAUGCCUUUGCAUCUUUCAGCAGCAUUUAAUAAUAUCAAUAUUUCUAUUUUCAUGCUGAAAAUGAAUUGUGAUGUUAAUUGUCAUAUUACUGGCUAUACAGCAUUACAUUAUGCCGUCUGUAAUGGGCAUUAUGACUCGACAAAGAUACUCCUAGAAUACGAAGCCGAUAUUAACAUGUGUUCAAUGGAUAACAAUCGUACUGCGUUGUUUUGUGCAUGUGAAGAUGGGUUCGAGAAUAUAGUUCACUUACUCCUACAGUAUGAAGCUGAUGUGAACAUUUGUCUUUCCAAUGGCAUGAGUCCCCUCUAUGUAGCUUGUCACAUGGGAUUCUCGAACAUCGUUAAAAUUCUCCCUAAAAGAAAAAGCUAUGUAAAUUUAUGUGGAAGCGGCGGUUGGAGUCCACUUUCUAUUGCCUCCAGUAUAGGUAAUGUAAGAAUUGUAGAAAUACUCUUAGAAUAUAACGCUGAUGUAAAUUUAUGUAAUGAGGAUGGCCAAAGUCCACUUUUCCAGGCUUCCAGCAAAGGUCAUGUAGACGUUGUAGAAGUGCUUUUAAAAAAUAAAGCUGAUGUGAAUUUAUGUGAUAAUGAUGGCCGGAGUCCACUUUACAGGGUUUCCUACAAUGGACACAAAGACAUUGUACAAACACUGUUAGAAAACAAAGCUAAUGUUAAUGUAUGUAAAACUGAUGGCCAAAGUCCACUUUAUUGGGCUUCAAACAAUGGACACAAAGACAUUGUACAAAUCCUCUUAGAAAACAAAGCCGAUGUUAAUUUAUGUGAUAAUGAUGGAUGGAGUCCACUUCUACUGGCUUCCUACAUUGGGCAUAUAAACAUUGUACAAAUACUCUUAGAAAACAAAGCUGAUGUAAAUUUAUGUAAUGAAUAUGGAAACAGUCCACUUUAUUGGGCUUCCGACCAAGGACAUGUAAACAUUGUCCAAAUACUCUUAGAAAACAAAGCCGAUGUUAAUUUAUGUGAUAAUAAUGGACGGAGUCCACUUUCAGGGGCUUCCUACAAUGGACAUAUAAACACUGUGCAAAUCCUCUUAGAAAACAGAGCCGAUGUUAAUUUAUGUGAUCAUGAUGGAUGGAGUCCACUUCUACUGGCUUCCUACAUUGGGCAUAUAAACAUUGUACAAAUACUCUUAGAAAACAAAGCUGAUGUAAAUUUAUGUAAUAAAAAAGGAAACAGUCCACUUCUACUGGCUUCCGACCAAGGACAUGUAAACAUUGUCCAAAUACUCUUAGAAAACAAAGCUGAUGUAAAUUUAUGUAAUGAAUAUGGAAACAGUCCACUUUAUUGGGCUUCCGACCAAGGACAUGUAAACAUUGUCCAAAUACUCUUAGAAAACAAAGCUGAUGUAAAUUUAUGUAAUGAAUAUGGAAACAGUCCACUUUAUUGGGCUUCCGACCAAGGACAUGUAAACAUUGUCCAAAUACUCUUAGAAAACAAAGCCGAUGUUAAUUUAUGUGAUAAUGAUGGACGGAGUCCACUUUCAGGGGCUUCCUACAAUGGACAUAUAAAUACUGUGCAAAUCCUCUUAGAAAACAGAGCCGAUGUUAAUUUAUGUGAUAAUGAUGGAUGGAGUCCACUUCUACUGGCUUCCUACAAUGGACAUAUAGACAUUGUACAAAUUCUUAUAGAAAGCGAAGCCGAUGUUAAUUUAUGUAAUACUGAUGGACGGAGUCCACUUUCAGGGGCUUCCUACAAUGGACAUAUAAAUACUGUGAAAAUCCUCUUAGAAAACAGAGCCGAUGUUAAUUUAUGUGAUAAUGAUGGAUGGAGUCCACUUCUACUGGCUUGCUGCAAUGGACAUAUGAACAUUGUACAAAUCCUCUUAGAAAACAAAGCUGAUGUUAAUUUAUGUGAUAAUGAUGGUCAGAGUCCACUUUUUAGGGCUAUCGACAAGGGUGAUUUAAACGUUGUAGAAACACUCUUACAGAACAAGGCUGAUGUAAAUAUGUGUGAUAAAGAUUGUUUUAGUGCCCUUCACAUAGCUGCAGAGAAAGGCCAUGAAGAAAUUUUAAGUACUCUACUGAAUUUAAAGCCAGUUUUGGGUUUUCAGUCAAUCCAUGAUGGCUCAACUGCCCUCCAUCUUGCAGUGGACAAUUCACAUGAAAAGGUUGUAGAACUUCUGCUGCAGCAUAAUGCUGCUAUUGACACUGGAGAUAAGCAGCAUAGAACUGCAUUGCACAGAGCUUGUCUUAUUGGCAAUCAGAACAUCAUCAAUAUUCUGAUGCAGUUUAAUGCCGAUGCCACACAAAGGGAUAUUUUCAAUGAAACGCCAAUAGAUUUGGCAAGAAGGGGGAAAUUGAUUAAUAUUGAACGAUCCCUUAUUGAGUACGUGAAAGAAAAGAAGUCUCUCACUGGCUCAAUCUAUCGAAAGGGAAAUGCAUCCAAGAAAUGUAUAAUAAUGUGAAUACUUUUAUUCUUUUGGGUUUCCACGCACAACUUCUUCUACUAAGAAUGAGAAAUGAAGUCAUCUUUAUUAUUUU